UAUAUAUUAAUGACAUUUUGUGUAUUGUUUGUAAUUUUUGGAGCUGUUUUGGGUCAACUAAAAAUUCAAAGCCCUAAAGAAACAACAGACUUUCCAGAUGCAUUAAGUGUAGAGUAUUCAAUUGCAAAUUUUGGCCAUAUUCCUUAUGGUAAAAAAAUGAGUGCAUUACUUUUUAUACCUCCUUCUAUUGAUGAUUAAGAUAAAGUGCUUAAGUUAUGUGAUGAGCCUAUUAUGAGAUCAGAAUAUCAAUAUAGUUAAUCUUAUGGUGAUAAAUGGUUGAUUGUUAGAAGAGGUGAUUGUCCAUUCACUAGAAAAGUAAAUUUAAUGUAUAUUUGUUUAGGCUAUCAUUGCAUAAAAGUUAUAAGCAAAAUUAUUGAUAAUAGUUGAUAAUAGAGAUGAGAAAGUAGAAUAAAUAAUGAUGGCUGAUGAUGGAAAUGGAUAUUAAGUAGAUAUUCCAUCUGUCCUAAUCUCAAAAAGUGAAGGAGAAAAAGUAAUUUCAUAUUUAAAAAAAUCCACUGCAUUGUAUUUAGUAGGACAUAUUGAAUUUAAAUUAAGUUAAACAUUAAGUCAAGUAAUUAUAAUUAUAUAAUUAAUAGACUAAUGUACUCUUUGGAUUAAAUAUUGAAAAUAAAGACACAUUCAGAUUGAUUAAUGAAUUCAGACCAAUAUAUCUUGAAUUAAAGAAUGAUAUUAAAUUUUCAAUAUUUUAUGAGGUCUUAAGAUGUUUUACAUGUGAAAAAGAUGAAUGGAAAAUAGAAAAUCCAGAUUGUUUAGGAGGAGGAAGAUAUUGUUAAUUUGAUCCAAAUGGUGUUGCUUUUGGAUCUGGUUCUGAUGUUCUUAAAGAAUAAUUAAGAUAAACAUGUAUUUGGUAAGUGGAUUCUGAACUUUGGUGGUCUUAUAUGGUAAUUUAUAUUAUUAUUUUAUAUAUAGAAUUAUUUCACUAAAAAAUGUACUAAAGAAAAUGAAUUUGAUAAAUGUUUUGAAUCAUUUGUUAAUUCUGAAGAUAAAGUUAAGAUAUAAUAGUGUAUCUAAUCAUCUUAUAGAGAUUAAAACAAACUUGAAAAAGGAGAAAAUUCCAUUUUGGAAUCACAUUUCUAAUUAAGAUAUCAAUCUGGAAUCAUCUUUUAUCCUGGAGUAUCAAUUAAUAGUGUUGCCUAUAGAGGAAAUAUAGAAGCUGAUGAAAUCAAAGAAGCUAUAUGUGCUAGUUUUAAGGAAAUGCCAGAAUAAUGUAAAGAGUAAGUUUUAGUUAUUUCACCAAAUCUUUAAGUUGAAAAUUCAUACUUUUGGUUAAUUAUUGUUGUCAUAACUUCAAGUGUUCUCUUUAUUUUGUUUAUAGUUUUUAUCUAUAGACGAAGAAUGAAUUUGAUAAUGGAAAAAUAAAUAAGAGAUAAAGUAGGCGAAUAAGUUAACAAUUAUGUCAGAUUUUAUGAGAGCAGAAGUGAAAAAUGA